AUGAGAUCAUUUCAAUCCCUCAUUUUCCUUCUUGCCAGCUUGAUCCUAGUUUUUAGCUCAAGAAGUGAAACUCAUCAAGGUGUCAAGCGCAGUACUGUACCUUUCGGCAACGUUGCAAAUACAUUGGGUCGGUUUCUCUCUACAGCAGCCAUCCACAACACCAAGCUCGUCACAAUUGGCCACGUAGAGUUGACGGUUCAAGGCAUCUUAGCGCUCAAUCUUCCAUCCAAAUCCGAUCACUUAUUAUUGCUCAUUGGUGGAAGUAAAAGUGGAUUUGGAGAUGGUAAAUUUGAUUUAAACAAACUGCUUCUGCUACGAAAGACGUCACAUCGAAAGCUACGACCGUUGCAGGAAAUGCGUCUUCCACUACCCCUCCAGCCUCAAGCUCCAAUGCCACAGCUCCUCCGACUAAUGUCACGGCUACUCCGGCCGCAACUGCAAAUGCCACCUCCAGCACAGCAGAUGCUAGUAGUAGUGCGGCAAAUGCCACUGCCUCCACCGACAGCAAAGCGCCUGACGCUGCAAAUGCCACCUCCAGCACAGGGGAUGCCAGUGCGGCAAAUGCCACUUCCUCCGCCGAUAGUAAAGCGCCCGACGCUGCGAAUGCCACCUCCAGCACAGGAGAUGCUAGUGCGGCAAAUGCGACUUCCUCCACCGAUAGUAAAGCGCCCGACGCUGCAAAUGCGACUUCCUCCACCGACAGCAAAGCGCCCGACGCUGCGAAUGCCACGUCCAGCACAGCAGAUGCCAGUGCGGCAAACGCCACUUCCUCCGCCGACAGUAAAGCGUCUGACGCUUCAAAUGCCACCACAGUAUCUUCGGGAGCUAGCAGCUGAAUGGAUCCACACUUGUAGCAGCCUAAUGAUCUAUUUCACAAGGCCGCCGCCUACACGAUGA